UCCACGUCAGACAGCAGGCAGGCAAGAGGCUACUACCCUUCCAAUUAAAUAAAUUUAGCAUCUUAAACUUUCAUUCCGUUGCCAGAGCUUGCAUGAUCUGUACUGUGCUGUCCAUAUUUGCCUAUAUCUGUAGAAUAAUGAGCAGAAACGAAAGGUCUUUUAUUAUGAUUAAGCCUGAUGGCGUCCAGAGAGGACUUGUAGGAAAAAUUAUCAAAAAAUUCGAACAAAAAGGAUUCAAACUAGUCGCUCUUAAAUUCGUGUGGCCUUCUGACGAGCUUCUGAAACAGCAUUAUGCUGAUUUAUCUACUAAAGCCUUUUUCCCAAAACUUAUAAAGUACAUGUCUUCCGGCCCUGUUGUGCCCAUGGUUUGGGAAGGUUUGGAUGUCGUAAAGACUGGUCGUGUACUUCUUGGUGCUACAAAUCCAGCUGAUAGUGCUCCUGGAACGAUCAGAGGCGAUCUUUGUGUAGAAGUUGGUCGCAACAUCUGUCAUGGGUCAGACGGUGUGGAGUCUGCUAAAAAGGAAAUAAGCCUGUGGUUUACUGAAAAGGAACUGGUGGAUUGGAAGCCAGCAACUUUCGAUUGGGUCUAUGAAUAAUUUUUAGCACGAUUUAAACGAAUUGUAUCUAAUUGUACGUUUUUCCAUUGUUUCGUAAUUUUAAGCCGAGUAUUUAUACACGAAUAAAACAAAAUUUCCUCCA